AUGCCUAUUAGAAAAAAGCUGAAGAAGAUUUUCCACCAUCGCAAUGCAGAAGGCGUCUCAGGGAGCUCCGGUGAUGGGCCGAGUGAAGAGCAGCCAUUGAGACUGUCGAGAAACACGAGAUCUGGCUACCUAGCUACGAUCGUGACAUCGGGAGAAUCCUCACCAGUUCCAGCCUUGGAUGACGCGAACGCGCCCCAAGAAGCUCCAGAUGAACAACUGCCAGCGCCCAAAGAAAGUGGCAAUUCUAUCCGACAGUUGUGGGCUGUUGCAUAUAAGAGCCUGCGAGAUGAGGAAGAUUCGCCCGUUACAAAAUUCGAAGAUCAGAUCCGUCGCAAUCUGCCUGACAUCGCAGACAGAAUGAGCUCAGACCAGAGUACGAAAGAAUGGAUGAGUAAGGUUGUGGAAACUCAAAUGGAUCAAGUCAAGCGAGACACUUUGAAGCUGAGAUUUGGGAAUUUCGAGAUGGAAGCCCAGGAAGUCGUGAAGUCGGUCCUAGCUGUUGUCAAUUGGAGUAAGGACUACGUCUCUAAAGCCCUGAGCUCAAAUCCCACGGCAUCCAUUGCCUGGGGUGGAGUAACUCUGUUGCUACCACUCUUUUUGAACCCUAUAGAACAAGCUUCUUCUUUGGCCAAGGGACUCGAGCACAUUGCAUCGAUAAUAGUUCGGAGUUCUAUGUGGGAGGAUCUCUACUACCGACGCGCACUGGAGAUGCUGUAUCAAGAGGUACUCAGGUUUCAGAUUGUUUGCUAUGGCUACUAUAGCCACAAGUCUGUCUCUCGUUUGGCUUUGGAUUCCAUCAAGCAUCAUGACUGGGACGAGCUGCUUGGGAAUAUUCAGUAUCGGGAGACCGAAUUCGAUAAAAUGAGCCUAGGCUGGCGAGACACGAUGUACAACGAGGAAUGGGAGAAGGCCGAGGCACGGCAUCGGCAGGCUAUGAGUCAGUGGAGAACGAUUGGAACCGACGUUUCUGAACUCAGGAAAAUGAUCGAGGAAACCCAGAAAGACAGGAAUCGCGAAAAGAUGCUAAACUGGCUUUGCACGGUCGACACUUCAGUGCAGUAUAGAGCUGCCCGAGAAAAAUACAGUAGCGGCACCUGCAACUGGCUGACUCAAGAAAGCGAUGAUUUCAAGACAUGGGAACAAAAUCCCAAGUCUUUUCUAUGGCUUAAUGGAAAAGCCGGCGCCGGGAAAUCAAUUCUGAGCUCAUCUGUUAUCAAGUACUUGAAGGACAAGUACGAAGACGACCCGGAAACCGCGCUUGGAUAUUACUUCUUCAGCUUCGGAAACGUAGAGCAACAGAAAGUAUCCGUCAUGCUCUCAUCGCUUGUACGACAGUUAUGUGCAAGUCGUCCGGACACACCACACCCAAUCAAACGGUUUGAAGAUUAUAUGGCGAAAGGCGAGCGGCCAGACAUGGAGACUCUUGAAGCCGCACUUAUGUCUGCUGUCAGUGGGUUUUCCGCGGUUUUCAUUGUUAUAGACGCUCUCGACGAGUGUCCGGUCUUGGAUGGUGAGCGUCCAAGGCUUUUGAAAUGCCUUCAUCGCAUCAUCGCCUCAAUGCCGGAUAAUCUCCACAUAUUUUGCACAAGCCGAGCUGAGCCAGACAUCAAUGUGGAGAUUGACGAGUUGUUGGAUGUGCCGGCAAAAGCUGCCAUUGAUCUUACAAAAGAUCAAUUGAGUUUGAACAGGGACAUGCAUCUAUACACCGAUAGCGUCUUGGGUACCGAGACGUAUUGUUGGUGGUCCGACAACGUGAGGGCCAAAGCGAAAGAUAUACUGAUCACAAGAGCAGAUGGGAUGUUCCAAUAUCUUGUUUGCCAGUUCGAAGUCCUUCAACAUUUGGACUCAGAAGCCGAUGUCCUUUCGGCACUUAAUGAUCUUCCUUCAGGACUAGAUGAAACAUACAACCGGCUGCUUCUAGGUCUUAACAGCAAGUUUAAAUGCCAGAUCCUCGGUUCGCUCAAAUGGUUGGCGUUAUCGAGAAGGCAUCUACGUCUCGAAGAACUUGCCGAAAUCUUCAUCUUUCGUCCAGAAUCUGUCACUAAGAUCCACAAGAUCGAGCGGCUGUUUGACCCGCGGGCGGUUCUGAAACAUUUCCCUAGUCUCGUGACGACUGAGACGAAGGACGAAUGGAACGAUGAGACCCGCCGUCGCGAGAACAACACAUAUGUCCGCCUCGCUCAUUUCACAGUCAAGGAGUAUCUAAUAUCCGAACGCAUUGAACAAAGCAAAGCAAAACAAUUCUAUUUCACAGAAGCGAAUGCUCACCUGCAUAUCGCACAUUGCUGCGUGUCAUACCACUUGUAUCAGAGUGUUGAGAAUACCGGAGACGACGUGGAGCUUCCUUUGAAGACUUACGCUGUCCGUAACUGGGAAUUGCAUUUGGAACUAGUCCCGCGUGAACUAUGGACGAAUGAGGUCAUUCAGCUCGCUGAGCUCGCGCUCUCUAUGCGUACUAAAAGCCUUAGGGAAAUUCUGUUCAAUGGGCAAUUGAGGGAUCGAUGGUAUGAAUAUAAUGACCGAGUCGACAAUUUGAUGCAGCGGCCGUACUGCUAUACCGCCGCCAUUGGGUCUCUUGAGCUCACCAAAUUGCUGCUGGAAAAGGGUUCGCGGACAAGGAGGUUCUUGAUUCGGGAAGAUCUGGACUUAGCCCUCCGAGAGGCAGCAGAAGAGGGACAUAUUGAGAUUGUCCGCUUUCUUCUCAAUGAGCGUGCUGAUUCCAAUAAGGUCACAGGUGGCGCGCUCCAGGCCGCGGCGCAUCGAGGCCACCUAGCCAUCAUAAAGCUCUUGCUAGAGAAUGGGGCUGAUAUCGACGCACAUGAUGAGAGGUUUGGAUCAGCCCUUGAGGCCGCCGCAAAGGGCAUUAAACUGGCAGCGUUGAGAAUGCUAUUGAAUCGCGGAGCUAAUGUACAAGAGGCGGGAUGUCCUAUGUCGUGCCUCAUAGCGGCGUAUAAGGCACAUGACCAAAAUGAAACCACGGAUUACACCCAAGCUCUGAAGCUUCUUCUCGACAAGGGUGCUGAUAUCAACAGAAAGUGCGCCCGUCACGGCAGUGCUCUCAAUGAGGCAGUAAAGGCAUGGCUACGCGAGGGAACAUGUACCUUUUUCGACUUUGUCAUAAGGCACAACGCUGACAUUGAGUUGAACGAUGAAAGAGAUGGCACCCCGCUCCAAACGGCAUGUGGCAGCACCCAUAACCUGGGAAUGACGUCUAGGAUAAAAGAAGCCGUCGUAGCUCUUCUGCGCCUUGGUGCCGACCCAAAUACUCAGGGAGGGCAGUACGGUAAUGUACUUCAAAAGGCAUGUCGCCUGACCGACUACCGAUCUGGCGUGGUUGAUCUUCUUCUGGAAAACGGCGCAGAGAUCAACCGGAAGGGAGACUGUUACGGAACAGCAUUACAUGCAGCUUGUGCGGCCCGGAACCCGGAAUUGGUUAAUAUGCUGCUCAGUAGAGGUGCUGACGUGCAUAUACAGGCCGGGGAGUAUGGCAGUGUUUUACAAGCGGCUACCUCCGUUCGUGCCUUGACUCAAAUUGAUAGAAUUGCACUUGUUGUGCAAAAGCUGCUCGAUAGUGGCGCCGAUGUCAAUGCGCCGGGUGGCAAGUUCGGAAGCCCGCUACAAGCCGCAGCUCAUUCUCCCCGUUUGACACCCGACAUUGAAGUCGUGGAAGGAUUUCUACUCAUGAAAGGGGCAGAAGUCAAUAUGCGGGGAGGUAUGUACGGUACCGCACUACAAAGUGCUUGUGUAAGAGGCAACCUGAAAUCAGUCCGCUUACUACUUUCCUACGGUGCCGAGGUUAAUAUCGAGGGGGGACACUAUGGAACCGCGCUCCAGGCGGCGUGCAUCACACCACACUAUGACAUAGCGCGUUUACUGCUAGAACAUGGUGCUGAUAUCCAUAUUCAGAGCGGGUUAUUUGGCAGUGCCUGGCAUGCCGCGGCUGCAGUGCCCUCCUGGGAUGGCCAUGCCCUCGCUACAUCAGAGCUGCUGCUCGAUAACGGUGUUGAUGUGAAUCACUGCCAUAUUCAACACGGGACUGCUCUGCAGGUUACACUCGAGCAUACGAAAGAUAACAUUGAACAUAGGAUCAUGUUUCUUUUCGAGAAUGGCGCUGAUGUCAAGCUCGGAGCCGGUCUCUAUGGUUUUCCAUUACAAUCAGCUUGUCUAGCACCUACAGAUGACCCAACCGGCCGCCAGAACACCGACGGCCUCGUCUACCUACUCGAUAACUGCGCUGACAUCGACGUCAAUCAGACAGGUGGGCUGUUUGGCACGGCUUUACAAGCAGCAGCGUACGAAGGCAAGACAAAAGGUGUCAAGUUGCUGCUUGAGAAGGGCGCGGAUGUCAACCUUCGCGGCGGAAGAUACGGAAGCCCACUCAAUGCGGCUGCAGUCCAAGGAUACUGGGAUAUCGUCGACAUACUGUUGGGGGCUGGAGCUAAGGCAGACUGCUACUUAUUCUCCAAGAUUGAUGAGGAAUGGCUAGAAAGGAUUGCUAAGGAAGACGGACGCAAUGCUGUGGAGCGGUAUAGGAACUUUUGGGACAAGGUUAAGUUGUAUGAGAAUGGGUAUAAAGAGGUAAAAGCGAUCUAG